AUGCUCGUGGAGUUGCCUGAUGACAACGAACAAAGUGAUAGCGGGAUGGAAUCUUUGACGGCUAGCAAAGAUGAUACUCCAGAACGUAGACCCGAAGAUACCUUCAUUACCCCUGCGUUGGGGACCUCUCCUACUGCAAGUAAUCCAACCUUUCUGUCGCUCAAAGAAUAUGAUGAUGAACCAGAUGAAACCCUCACAGAGAGAUUAUGGGGAUUGACAGAGAUGUUUCCAGAUUGUGUUCGCAGUGGUACUUACACGGUUACUACAAAGACUUGGUCAGGGGUAAAGAACAUGUAUCAAUUGUCUCGAUCAUUAAUGUGGGUAGUGGCUAGUUCAUCAGUUAUCUUAUUUGCUCCAGUAAUAUUUGAAGUUGAACGGGCCCAAGUAGAGGAAAUGCAAAAGUCACAACAGAAACAGGUCUUAUUGGGGACUAACACAUCAAUGACAGGACCUAUGCCAAGCAUGCCUCCAAUGCCUCGAUAA